AAACAAACAACAAGCUCAUUAUUUUAAAGUUUGACAUUUUGGGAAAUAGAUUUCUGACUUCAGAGAGCGAAUAGGGAGAUUUUCCAAAAUGUCAAAAUAUUCCUUUAAUAUAUCUUGUUGGCUUAAAUCAUGUACAUGUCACAGUGACCACUUUCUAAAGUUGGUCACUAUUAGAUUAUCGUGCUUUAGUAUGCUUUAUCCAAAUUAUCUGACUCAAAAAACAAUUUAUCAAGUGUAUGAUUAAUAUUUGUAAAUUGCUAUUGAUUUUUUAUGCUUAUGUUAAACACUAUAUGCUAAUCACUGUAUUUCUUAUUGGAUUGUAAAUUUGUAAAUGUUUAAUAACACGUAUGACUCACAAUUAACUAAAAUUCUUAACUUUGUACUAUAUGCAUCUCUAUUGUAUGAUUUAGGCAUAAUCAAACUGUUUACGCAGUGCAGUCAUAUAAAUGUGUAAAUGUAUAUGUAUUGAAUAGACUUUUCAGAAUGCACAGUAAGGUAAAGUAAAAUUGAUGGAAUUUUUAAUCUACAUCUGAAUUUCUCAAUUAAAGAAAGGAAAUAUACUGUAUUUCAUGUAGAAACCUAGUUUGCUGACAUGCCACUACCAAGAGCAAGUUACUAGAAGCACCUCUGUCACUACUCUGUCAAUUUAACACUUCUAUAAUGGGCUUCUGAACAGAGACAAAUCCAACACAAUACACAUAAAGUUUAUACUAACUUACUAAAGUGUAUUUGUCUGUGUAACAUAUGUAUUACACUAAAGCUCAAAUUAAAUGAAAGCAUAUAAAUAAAAAUGGACCAAUACAGGUCAUAUACACAGUUUUUAAAUGGGUCAGCCUGUCCACAUGUUACAAGCACGGAGACUGUUCUCGGUCCCCAGUCCCUGAAAAAUGGACAUUCUAUAGGCUUCAAUAGUUGCUGAGCAAGGGGUUCUCUAAGGGGGCCACUAAUUUAUUAUGUUUGGUCUGGUAUAAAAGGAAGGGGUUAAACCAGGGAGGAAGGCAGUUCAGGAGCAACAGCACAUCUGCAUCCAACAUGAGCAACACCAGCAUGAACAUGAGGGGCAAGAUCAUCUUCUACGAGGACAGGAACUUCCAGGGUCGUUCCUAUGAGUGCAUGAACGACUGUUCUGACAUGACCUCCUACCUGAGCAGGUGCCACUCCUGCAGGGUGGAGGGCGGCUGCUUCAUGGUCUACGACCGUUCCAACUACAUGGGAAACCAGUGGUUCAUGAAGAGGGGCGAGUACGCUGACUACAUGAGCAUGAUGGGAUGGAGAGACUGCAUCAGGUCUUGCCGUAUGAUCCCCAUGCACAGAGGCCAGUUCAGGAUGAAGAUCUACGAGAGGGAGAACUUCGGUGGUCAGAGUUACGAGAUGAUGGACGACUGUGAAAACAUCAUGGACCGCUUCCGUAUGUCCGACUGCCAGUCCUGCCACGUGAUGGACGGCAACUGGCUGGUGUACGAGCAGCCCCACUACAGAGGCAGGAUGAUGUACAUGAGGCCCGGAGAGUACAGGAGCUUCAGGGACAUGGGCAUGAGUGGCAUGAGGUGGAUGAGUAUGAGGCGCAUCAUGGACUCUUGCUAAUAAAUGCUCACUAAAUCGUCACUGAACGUAUCAAAUGCUACUGAAUAAAGCAAUU